UACCUAUUCCCUUCUGUCCCCAUCACCCCUUCAUCCACCACCACACACCACAGCUUUACCCACCUACACCCUACCCACCACAAACACUCACCAUGUCCUUCCACCUCAGCUCCGAAGAAAUCUGCGUCGAGGACAACCGCAUCCUCGUGGGCCGGCUGCGCAAGGAGGACGGCUCGCUCAACGAGACCCAGAUCGAUCUCGACCAGUUCAUCGGCAACAACAACGGUCACUUCCAGUGGGACGGCGAAGGCUUCUCGGGCUCCGCCUCCAACGUACACUUCUCGAUCGAGGGAGGCGGCGAGGUUCCUGUCCUCCGUGCCAACCUGAGGGACGAAAAUGGCGAGGAGAAGUCCGCCGAUAUCAACCUGGCCGAGCGCGUGCAGAACCACAAUGGAGAGUUCGUUUUCGUGUAAAUACGAAAACGAUCGAUUGAAGAGAGCUGAGUUCGUAAAGGAUGGCGGUUCUUAUUCUUCGUUGUUUUGUCAGUGUUCGGGAGAAUUAUUGGGAGCCGGAAUAAACUCGGAUCUUCCAUCAAUUGCGUCGUUGCCAUUCUGGAGUGAUAUGUGAAGCUGUCCUGGAGCUUGCUUGGUGCUGGUGAUCGACCUGUAGCAAUCGCCCAUCCGGUUCCU